AUGAUGUCCCAUAUGUUAGUGGCCGCCAUGAAUCCCAACAAAAACUCAGUAUGCAACCGUUUUGGAUUGAUGCUCGCGGCGAAAACUCGACACGCUACGCUGCUUCUCUUCAUCGUCUGCGCUCCGGUAGCGUGGCCUUUGAGCAAGCUUAUUGACUAUUUCUUGGGCAGAGAGGUCAGAGAAAUUUACUCAGAAGAGAAACUUAAAACCCUCAUCAAAGUGCAGGCGAAGAAAAUGGAAGAGGCAGCUCAA